UUUUCCCCCUUUGCCUCAUCUGUUGCAAAGCUGCAGGAGAGAGAAAGCUGCAAACGUACAUCCCGCAGCCCGAGACAGAGAGAACUCUGUUGCCACUUAUUCCGCGGAGGAACGAGCUGGAAGAAACUAAUGCCUUCUCUGUGUUUUCCCUGGAUUACAUCUACGGAUUUUACGCAUCUGGAAGUCGCUAUUUUGUGCGUGAAAACAAACUUUACAGGCCCAUGACGGAGAGACGGAACCAGCGCGUUCAUGUUUUUUAGUUACAUUUUGUGCUGUGGAGGUUUCUGGCUGUUUUAAGCCGUUCAUUGAGCGCCGUAGGCCGAAACGAGCACUGUUACGAGGGGUAGACGCCCCGCGGUGAUCGGAGUGAAAGAGAGCUGUGGAGACUGGAAACAUGAGAUUGAUUGUCAUCUCUGCGGUUCUGCUGUUGAAAGUUACUCUUGGAAAGGGUUGUGCUAGUGGGAAGUACACCGACUCGGGACAUUGUUGCAAUUUGUGUCCAGCUGGUUAUGGAGUGGAGGAAACGUGUGGAAAGGAAAAUACCAAAUGUCUACCAUGUCUGCCAGGAACAUUUUCACCAUCCGAAGGCCUGGACUCUUGCCUUCCAUGUAGCACCUGUCCGUCCGGUGUGCCCAUGCUGGCGUCCUGUUCGGCAAGCCAGGACACGCAAUGCGAGUGUGACACUGGCUUCUUCUUUCUGAGAAGCUAUGGUCUAUGCGCACCCUGUUCCAAGUGCAGGACAGGUCACGGGGUUGUCCAGGAGUGCGGUCCUCAAGGAGACGCGCAGUGCCAGAAGUGUGGCCCGGGAACCUUCUCAGAGGAGGAUUUGAGCAGCAAACCCUGCCAGGCUUGCAGUCAGUGCUCUGAUGAAGAAGUGGAGAUCCAACCCUGUAUGCACAACUUUGACACACUCUGCAUGGAUAAGAAGCUGCACAUUGGCCCUGCUGGUGCCGAUGGGGCCUUGAAUAUUCCUAAUGGGGCGGUGAUGGAGGAAAAUGAGGAGGAAGACGGCAGCCCCGCACCAGGAUCGUCCAAGUUUACACCGCAGGAUGAGGGUGGCAGCAACAACAUUCUCGUCUACGUGUCUGUUCUGGCUGCUGUGGUGCUGGGCUUGUUGGUUUAUGUGGCUUAUAAAUGUUGGAGGUCGUGCAAACAGAAGAAGGCCCUCUCCAAGGCACGUGUGGCAGAGCUGGCAACAUCUCCAGAAGGAGAAAAGCUCCAAAGUGACAGCGGUGUUUUUCUGGACUCUUACAGCCUGCAGGACAACCAGCCCAAUAAAGGUACCAAGAGAGACAGCAAGCUCGACAAUCGUCUGUACGUCAACUUGCCGCCGCACAAACAGGAGGAGGUGGAGCGCCUCCUGCAGGAGGGAAGUGGCCGUGGAUGGAGGCAGCUUGGUGCGGCGCUGGGCUACGACCCCGAACAGCUGGACCUGUUCGGACGCGGCGAGGCCCCGGCGCACACGCUCCUGUCUAACUGGGCCCAGAGAGAGGGCUCCGCUCUGGGACUGCUGAGCUCGGCGCUAAACCGCAUCGAGAGACCCGAUGUGGUGACGGCCCUUAACAGCACACAGCAGGGUGUUUCUGUGGUGUGACCAACUGGCCGGACCCUCGAGCGACAAUCACAGACUCAAGUGAGGGAUAAGCGAGGCGCUCAGCUUUCAGCUCUUCUGUUAUGGUUGAAGGAGUCAUUCUUAAAUUACUUUGUUUAUAGACCUUUUUUUCCACUAAAAUACCAUCAAUACUCUAAAAAUAUAUAACUUGUGGCUUAUUUGAACUGUGUGAAAGAUUAUGAUGCUGUAUGGUAACCAAUUUGUCUGUGGCAGUGCAGGGAUUACUGGACUGAAUAUACAGAGCCUAUAAAGUAUUUCCCCUGGAAGAUUUCUAGUGUUUUUUGUUGUUUUUUACGUCACAUUUACAUGUUUCAGAUCAAAAAGAAAAUGUUUAUAUCAGAGAAUGGCAACCUAAGUAACUACAAGAAGCCCUUUUAAAAAGAUGAUUUUAUUAAUUAGGAGGAAAUAUUUUUAGUCUAACCUGACCCUUUGAGAAAAUGCAAUUGGCACCAUAAAUUUAUGGUUAUGGUUUUCACUAUCUUGGCUGCAACAACCCCAAGUAUAUGCUGCAGCUUUAAGUUUUUGGGGGUUUUUUUUCAAUGUGGAGGAAUUUUUUGAUUCUUUUGCAGAAUUCAGCUACACUGGAGUGUGUUUGAGCACAACUAGCUUAGGAUCGAGCAGAUUUUUCGCCAUUCCAACACAUUUUGCUCAUAGAUGGGGCUACUUAUUGGCUCUAUUCAUUUCUGCAAGUCGUCUAGGGCAAAGUAGGCCCAGACUAUCACACUAUCGACUCCAUGUCUGACUAAUGUCUGUCAGAAAUGCUGAGCUAAUUUACACCAGAAGUAGCAGGAUACACAACUUUCAAAAAUGUCCCUUUUUUUUCUCAUAAGACCACAGAAUAUUUUUCCAUUUGGUGCUGAAACUCUUCCGUUGAGGUUAGAAGGUGAAGCCUGAAGUGCUUGAGAAACUGUUUAGAGCAGAGGUGUCAAACUCCAGUCCUGGAGGGCCGCUCGUCCUGCAACUUCUAGAUGUGCCUCUGCUGCGCCACACCUGAAUAGAAUAAUUAGGUCAUUAGCAGGACUCUGGAGAACUGAUCUACACAAGGAGGAGGUAAUGAAGCCAUUUCAGUCCAGCUGCUUUGUAAGUGUGGCACAUCUAAAAACUGCAGGACAGCUGUCCUUGAUGACUGGAGUUUGACACCUGUGGUUUUCCGUUGGAUGAGUCAGAGAUGUUUUCUCUGAAGAAUAAUGGCCGGUCAGCCACUCCUGUGAAGGUUCAUUACUGUUCAGUUUGGUUCACUCACUGAAGUUUCAAUGCCUUAAAAUGACUUUAUGGUUUUAAAUGGUUUUACGACUGAAAUAUGUUGCACAAUAUGUUCCUCAUCUGUUCUUAAAUGUUCUUUCAAUCGACUGUUUGUGUGUUUGUUUUCGAUCUUUUGGCCCACUUCAUGGUGUCAGGUUCCUUUUUAGUAAUCUCAUGAUUCUACAGGUCUGUCAGAAAUCAGACCUUUGUGUUUCUACUGAAAUUGACUCAAAAAUGUUUCUAGUCAUACUUAAUUCAAUUGGGAAAUCAUACAUUUUCAUAGAGUCAUGUUGUGUCAGACGGAUUUGUUCCCAUUAAUAGCUGCUUCCACCCACAGUGCAGAGUCAAAGGAAUUCAAUCCUUUCAUAUUUAAGAACAAUGUCACCUCUAAACUUUAUAUGUUAAGAACAAAACCAUUUAGAAUAGACACACAAAUACUGUAAAUAUUCAUUUCACAAGCAAAUUGAUGUGCAGUAUGUAAUAUUAUGAGCAGAAAUUUGUAUUUUUGAACAAAAAUCAAAUCUCACCUUUUACAUAAAAAGGAACAUUUCUAUGUAAAGUUGUUCCGUAGCUCAACAUAUUUCUUCUUUGGAUACUUUUUUUAAAUAAAGUACAUUUUAAAUAA